AUGGAUCACGAAGGAAUCAAUUCUCCUUAUUUCGUCGGAAAUACAAUCAAAUUACAGCUGAAGACACCCUACGAUGAACAAACAACAGACGCCAGAAUCAUCAAGGUCUUUGAACCAUUCACCCUUUCCUCUACAAUGGUCGUACGACUAGCAUCUUCUUCUUUGGCUUUAGAAGGUGAUGUGAUACUGAAGCUGUUUGACCGACGUUUUGCAAGAACAAUUAGGGAAGAGCGAGAAGUCUGUCCCUGGACCUCGGAUAUCGAAAAGGAAUAUCAUCAAUUCAUUCUCGAUGGUGGUGCAUUAAAAUUAUUCACCGAGCUCAAGGCCAACACCGAACUAGCAGAACAAGAAGGGGACGAUUGGAACGAUUUGCAAUUCGAAGCCUAUCUCCAUCAUCUUAUGCUAGGCCUCUAUGAGACGGAAGUCGAAGUGUACAACACCCUAAAGGAUUUACAAGGGAACGAUAUACCCCGACUGUUUGCAUGCGUCACGGUGCCCCAUUCCACCUGCGAGCAGACAGCACCCAUCAGUCAAUAUGUGGAUGUUCCUGGUAUCCUUUUGCAGUACAUCGUAGGGGUUUCAUUAAGCGAUACUGCUAUGCAUGCCCCCAUGGAAUGCUGGCAGAGUAUCUGUGAAGACGCCAUUCGGAUUGUUCAUCUUAUCGGUGAUCGAGGGAUACUCAACCAGGAUGUCAAACCGAGGAAUUGUAUUCUGCACAGGAACAUGGACAAUGGUUUCAAGGUUUUCAUGAUCGAUUUUGCGUUAUGCCAUUUUCGCAAAGAAUAUCAAGAUGAAACGGAGUGGAGGAAAUGGAAAGCUAUGGAGGAUGAAGAAGGCGCGAUUGGAUAUGUCAUGCAAAGGUACUUAGCGGGUGGAUUUGUCUAUCAUCGAUCUGCUCAAUAUACACAACUAAGUGACGAGUUCCAGAGUGAUGAAUGA